AUGAGACAUGCAGAGUCAGGAAAGGUCUCUAAAUCAUUAUCGUGCACAGGCAACAUCAAUGCACGGGCAUGCGGCUGCUUCGUGCUUGGUAUCAGUCAAGAUCCAGACGAGAUGGAUCAUUCGUUCCAAUCUAAUCCGUUUAUAGUUCUGCGUAAUCCUGUUAGAAUCGCUGUUUCAGAUCCUGUGUCUAAAUCCUGUUCAGUAUCCAAUCCCCUUUUAAUCUAUUCGGUAUCCAAUCCUGUUUCAAAUCCUGUGUCUAAUCCCGUUUCAGACUCCUUCGACGUGGCUGUGAUCGGGGGCGGGAUCAUGGGCAGCUGCACCGCCUACAGCCUGGCCAAGGCGGGCAAGUCUACCGUGCUGAUUGACAAGUCCGCGCUGCCCAGCCCCCGGGGGAGCAGCGCCGGCCUCAGCAGGAUCACGCGCAGGGCCAACUUCGGGAUCCCUGAACUCACGCCCAUCAUGGACGACUCCUUCCGGCUGUGGGAGGAGAUCUCCGAGAAGGCCCACGAGGAGCUGAUAAGGCAAGCCCCCAUGCUGGUGGUGGGGAAGGACCGCCAGAUGCUGGACAAGAUGGCGGCGUCCGUGGAGGCGACGGGACACGCGCCGGUCUGGCUCUCCAUCCAGCAGACCAACGCCAAGUACAGAUCCAAGUUCACCGACGACUACUACGCCUUCGAGGACCCGACGGCCGGCGUCCUGAGGUCGGACAGGUGCCUGCUGGCGGUCCAGAAGCUGUUCCGCGACGAGGGCGGCCACGUGCUCGACGGGUGGCCUGUGGUGGGCGUGGAGCCCGGGGAGCCCUGGACCAAGAUCUCCGGGCCCAGGGGCGUCGUCAGGGCCCGCUGGCUGGUGCUGUGCCCGGGGCCCUGGGCGAGCCACGUCCUCCAGCACCUCGGCCUCUACUUGCCUCUCAGGUCAGUAAGGACGACCUCGCUCUACUGCCGCAACGAGCAGUUCCCUUUCUCGAGCUUCGUGGACUGCUCCGUCGAGAACAGCCACUACUAUGCUCUUCCUGCCAUGGAACACCCGGGGCAUAUCAAGGUGGGCCUCCAUGACGGCGUGGAGAUGGACCCGAACCAGAGCCAAGAAGUCGACAUCUCGGAAUUGAGGCAAAAGUCGCUCACUUACUUCAAGAAUUACUUCCCGGACUUGGCGGAGCAGUUCGCCUUCGAGCAGCUGUGCUACUACACGUUGACGCCCGACGAGGAGUUCAUCCUGGACCGCCAUCCCCGCCACCGCAACGUCCUCUUCGCCGUCGGAUUCUCAGGCACGGGGUUCAAGAUCGCGCCCGUGGUCGGCGAGGUGUUCAGUCACGUGAUCCAGGGGAAGGCGCCCAAGCAUGACGUCAGCGCUUUCGCCGCGAAGAGGUUCGAUAAGGACAAAGCGAUAAAGAGUAAAUAUUGAGGAACUGGAAGGAGGCAAGAGACGUAGAAUUGGAUAGGUAGAAUUAUGUAGAAAUGUGGGUGACUAAAGUACAUUAUAGUGUUAUGUUUGUUAUAGAAAUAAAGCAAAUAGGAAUAACUAUUGUACAAUGGAAAAAGGUAAAGGAAUAUCUGUUAUAUUUUGAUUGUAUGCAUAAAGGAAUGUUAGAUUUAGAUAUGUAGAAUUGGCUAUGUAGAAUCAUGUAGAAUUGUGGAUGUGUAGAGUACAAUUUAGUUAUUUUUUUGCUAAUUAUAAUAAAAAAAAGGUCCUGCAGAGCGGAAAUUGACAAAAAUUAUCUCUAUAUUUUGUAUAUAUGAAGGAGGGAAUUUGGGAUUUAGUUAUAUAGAAAUAUGGGUUGUAUAUGUGUCUUAUGAGGAAUAAAUGCGUGUUGUGA